CCUAAAACGAUCCGGCGGGGGAGAACAAAACCGGCGCGGCGAACUCACACUCCGUGCUCUGCGAAACCAAGAAGAUGUGGCGCUCGUUAGACGCCCACCUCAGGACUCUGCGACUUCCUUCCUCGCUUUCUUCCUCAACCCUGACCUCUCCAUAUUCGUCUUCUUCUUUAUGCACAAUUCUCUCUCAGUCUCGCAGGCUCAAGCCUCAAACCUUCAUUCCUCCCAAACCUCAAGCUUCUCUCACUUUUCUCAGAACCUACGUACCCUUAGCUGACUCCUCCAUUUCGUCUAUUCGACCGACGAACGAUUUCGGGUCGAGUUUCGGUUUUCUGGUUGUUCGGUGCGUUUCUUCGGUCACUUCCGUUAAUAACUUGACCUGGAAUGACUCCGUCUCUUGCUCUGAGGUUGCCGAAGGUGAUGAUGGGACCGUCCAGGAGGAUACUAAACUUCAUAUUCCUGUCAAGGCUUAUUUCUUUUCAACCAGUGUUGAUUUAAAAAGCUUGGUGGAACAGAACAAACCGAAUUUUGUCCUGCCAUCAUCACGGAUGACUAACUAUGUUGUUCUCAAGUUUGGCAAUCUUUUGGAUUCCAGGGACAAAGGCGUCAAGUAUGACAACUCAACAAUAUAUAAUAUUCAAGUACUCUAUCCUGCUCCGGGUGCUCCCUGCUUGAGUGGAAGCAACUGCUAUUACAUGGUUGUUUUCCAGUAUGGCUCCAUUGUUUUGUUUAACGUCCCUGAGGAUGAGGUUGAUGGCUAUCUUAAAAUUGUAAAAAGACAUGCUUCUGGGUUGCUUCCUGAAAUGAGAAAGGAUGAGUAUGAAGUGAGAGAAAAACCUACUUUGAGCACAUGGAUGCAAGGCGGGCUGGAUUACAUAACGUUACAGUACUUGAAUGUAGAUGGAAUCCGUACUAUUGGUAGCGUUCUUGGUCAAAGUAUUGCACUUGACUAUUAUGGACGGCAGGUUGAUGGAAUGGUUGCAGAAUUUACUGACAUAAACCGUGAGAUGGAAAUGACUGGAAAAUUCAAAAUGCAGAGGAAAAAGCUAUUCCAAUUGGUGGGAAAGGCAAAUUCAAAUCUUGCUGAUGUAAUUCUUAAGCUCGGACUAUUUGAGAGAUCAGAUAUUGCUUGGAAAGAUGCCAAAUAUGCUCAGAUAUGGGAGUACCUCAGGGAUGAAUUUGAACUCACUCAGAGAUUUGCAAGUCUUGAUUUUAAGUUGAAGUUUGUGGAGCACAAUAUUCGUUUUCUUCAAGAAAUUCUUCAAAAUAGGAAGUCAGAUUUUCUAGAGUGGCUCAUCAUUGCACUGAUAGGUGUGGAAAUUCUUCUCUCCCUGUAUGAUAUUUUCCAACGCUCCACCAAGAAUCUCUAGCCUUUGUUCUUUAAGUUUUGACAUGAAAAAAUGACAUGCUUCCAAGAAAGACGUAGCAGUAACUUUUCUAUUUUGUUUACACACUGCUGGCUUAUCUACAAAUACGAUUUCGUGUCCUGUGUGUAUAUAUAUCUCUCUGUUCAAGCCUUUAUUUCUUUACUUCAGUUGUACUAUUCAUCGUGUAAUAUAACUUUCUCCAAUGUGUCCAAUUUCUUUUUGCUAAAUGUAAAUGGAUUUUAUGAUACAAGUAUGCAACUUGUGCUAUGUGCGUCCACGGGACAAAAUUUGUUUUAAAUUGAUUAGUUUUACACUGACUUA